AUGUCAUGGUUGAUUAAAUUGUUACUCAUUUCAUAAGCAAUAGGUAUAAAUGACUAAUCGGAUUAUUAAUACAUUUUUGGAAUCGGGACUAAUAUAUGCCCUGAUUUACAUGUGUUUAUGCCUGAUAUGCACCCUCACUAAUGCGUUUGUAGGUAUUUGUGCUAUCCAUAGCUUAUGCUUCCGUUUGCAAAGAUGUUACAGAGGUAAAAAUUGUAACUGUGACAAAUUCAACUUAAUAUGUGUGCCACCCAAGAUUUUAACCAUGGGGCGCAGGAACUCCAACCAUAAGCGGAAAUAUAAUUCAUUGUGGUUACGCUUAUGGCAUCUCAUUAGUAUUGGAGAAGCAAAUAGAUGGACACUAUAAAUAUUAUUGUAAAGGUAAACAUUUUUAAUAUUUUUUUUAGAUUUUACUACCUAUACAGACGACUACAAGAGAUGCUUGAUAUUUGCAAAAUACCCUUCACUUGGCAUUUAUAGAUGUCAAAUUUGUAAACGGCCUUUUUAUGGAUACUUAUGUGGUGAAGUUGAGAAAUUUUACGAUUAACAUACGACUGACCCCCCCUUAAGUAAUUUAGAUCCUAAAAUUUAAAGUGUGUCCUGACUAGUGUCUUGAAUGUUCACUUUCUAAUAAUAGUCUAAAGUGUAAUGUAUGUAGUCCUGGAUUUGCAAAAACAAGUUCAGAUGAUUUUGCAUGCUAACUGAGUAAUUAGAAAUAUUACUUUGUAGAUUGCUAAGGACAUACUAGUUGCAAACUAAGUUAGACUAAGGAUAUGAUUUACAGUGAAGAAUGCAUAGUUGGAUAUAAAAAGUCUUUUUCAUACUGUGUUGGUAUAUCUAAUGAAUGGUAUUUUAUAGGUCCGUAUCCCCCUUGUGCUAUUCCUAUUUAAAGUGAAAUUUAUUGUGGGAAAUGCUUUGAAGGAUUUUAUUUGGUAUAGGAUUUUUUAGAUAAAUCCGACUUUGUUCGAUGCUAAAGUUUCGACUGGCAUUGUUCCCCAACACAAUAAACAGUGGAGAAAAAAUUAGUAAAUGGAAAUCAAUAAAAAUUUAGAGUAAUGCAAUUACCUUAUAAAUAGGCAGUGUGUUAAUUAUGUGAUCCAGGAUUCAUUCCAAAUGUUGAUGACAUUAAUUUUUUUGCCAGCUGCAAUAGUAAAAUUAUCCUAAAUCCCAUUUAGAUGUUAGAUUUUCCGUAUCACAAUGCUCCCUGUUAGAUCUGUAAGAAAAGAAUUGUAUUGCAUGUUUUUAAGGGUAUGCGCUACAAGCAGAUGGAACAUGCAUUUAGAUGUAGUGCGAUUCACUUUGUUCGACUUGUUUGGAUACAAAUCCAAGUUAUUGUACGACAUGUGAUGUUUCGGAAAAUAAAAUAGCUGAUAAUGGUAUCUGCCUGUGCUUAACAGGCUUUGGGAAAUAACAAGAUAACUGCUUAGCUUGUACUGAGGGUUAUUGUGAAAGUUGUGAUAGGAAGGACUUUUAUUCAUGUAAUUCUUGUAAAUCGGGAAAGAACAGAAUACUAGUGAAUAAAGAAUGUGUUUGUUUAACUGGUUAUUAUGAUCCUGGAAAUGAGGAUUAAGUUUGUCUUCGUAAAUUUGUUAAGUCAUUAAUUAGCCUGUGAUUUAACUUGUGUUAAUUGUUCUGGCGGAACAAACUAAGAUUGUACUGAAUGUCCAGAUUAAAGCCUUUCGAAUAGAGUUAGAAUUGAGAAUUCUUGUCCUUGUCAAUUUGGAUAUACAGAUUUUGUAAUUUAAGAAUCUAAAUGCGGAAGUUUUACCUAAAUUUAAUUUAGAAUGCCAUCCAAAAUGUUAAGCGUGUUUCCAACCAGCUGACGAAACUACGAAUUAAUAUUGUCUAACAUGUAUACCUGGCUAAAAUCGGGUUGUUUCUGAAACUUUUCAAUGCGAAUGCGAGGUUAAUGCAGGUGAUCUUAAUGGCACUUUGGACGUUUGCAUUAGUAUAUUUCUUAAUUACACAUAGUUUGUCAUUAUACAUGUGGAAACUGUAACGGUACUGGACACACUGAUUGUGUUUCAUGCUCAGUAAGCUCUAACAGGGAAUUGACAACUUCAAACGAAUGCUUGUGUAAAUAAUCAUAUUAUGAUGACGAUACAGAAAAUAUAGAUUGUCAAAGUAUCCUAUUAAAUUUUAGAACUAGAAUGCUAUUACACAUGUGUUACAUGUGCAAAAAGCACUGAAAAAGAUGCUUGCGUAGAAUGUCCUCUAACCAGAAAACCGAGUGUAUCUGGUAGUUAAUUUGAAUGUAUCUGCGAUUCUUAAAAUUAUUUUGAUGACGGCUUUUCGCUGCUGUGUCAAUAAUGUGACAUAAAUUGUUUAACUUGUAAUGGUCCUCUUUCAUCGAAUUGUCUGACAUGCGAUACAAAUUAUAGACUAUUGGAUUUAUCUUCUUGCAUAUGCCCAUAAGGGCAUUAUGAUAUUGGAUAAUUAGAAUGUGCAAGUAAUUUUUAGGAAAUAUUAUAGAAUGUCAUUAUUCUUGUCAAUUAUGCUUUGAUAACACUUUAGAUGGAUGCAUUGCUUGCUCCUUUGAGUCUAAUUUUAGAAUAUUAAAAGGCAACAAUUGUAAAUGUAUCGAUGGCUAUUAUGAAGAGGAUGGGAAGGCUUAGUGUAAAAGUAACUUUUCUGAUUAUUAAUCAUCUAUUAGAAUGUUCAUAUAAAUGCGAAAUGUGCUAAACCGGAGCAGAAAAAUGCUUGAGUUGCCCAUUAAAUUCGUUGCGAGUUAUUGAUCCAGUAAAGGGGUGCUACUGUCCAGGAGAAUAUUAUGAAAAAGAAAACGAAGUUAUUUGUUAAGGUAAGAUUUAUCAAUAUAGAAGUAUGCCAUUUCAAAUGUAAAUCAUGUAAUGGAAAGAGUUAAAAUAAUUGCCUCUCAUGCGAUUCCGUUGCUUUUAGAGAAUUGAAAGGUAAUGAAUGCCCUUGCUAACCACAUUACUUUGAGAUGGAAGUUUAGGAGUGCACUUGUAAACUAUAUUUAUUUAAGAUGUAGCUUGUAGUGCGCUCUGUUAUGAAUGUGAUGGCAAUUUUGAAAAUUGUACUUCAUGCAAUGAUGAUAGAUAUCUAUUGGGCAAUACAUGCAAAUGUACUACGAAAUUAAAUGGGGGAAUAAUAAGUACAUUUGAAUAUAAUGGGAUGAUAAAGUGCUAAAGUAUAUAAUCAAGCUAAUUAGAAUGUCACUAUUCAUGUGGAACAUGUGGAGGAAUUGAAGAAGGGAAUUGUAUUACGUGCAUGGAUACUGAACAAAGACUGUAAGAAGGAAAUACUUGUGUAUGUAAAGAAGGAUAUUUUGAUGCAGGAUUGCCUGCUUGCUAAAGUAUUCAAAUUAUUUAUCAAUAGAGUGCAGUUAUCAAUGUCAAGGGUGUUUGAAGUAAUCGGAAAGAUGUACUUCUUGUCCGGAUAAUAGUUUCAGAGAAUAUAUACCUGGUUUCAAUAAAUGCCAAUGCAUUCAAAAAUAUUAUGAUGAUGGAUUGAGCGAGGUUUGCAAAAGUAAUUAUGUUUAUUGAUCAUUUUAAGAAUGCCAUUAUUCAUGCCUAAGAUGCACUGAAUUUGAAACUAAAUGCGAAAUAUGUUCAAGUGAAUAAAACAGAAUUUACAAUGAUUUGUUCUUUACUUGCGAUUGCAACGUUGGAUACUAUGACAUUGGGAUAGAAAAAUGUUAAGAUUGUCACUAUUCUUGUUUAUCGUGUAAUUCUGGAGAUGCCAAUUCUUGUACUUCUUGUGUCCAACUCAGUGAUUCAAAUAGGGUAUUUUAUCAUAACACAUGCAAAUGUUUAUUUGGAUAUUUUGACGAUGGAAAAUCGACAUAAUGUUAAUAAUGCGAUAUUUAAUGUUUAAGUUGUGCUUAACAAUCUUACUUAUGUUUGUCCUGUCCUGAAACAAGAAGAAUAGAAACAAAUUGUAAAUGUGAGUUGGGGUAUUAUGAUAUUGGUUUGUAAAUUUGUUCUAAAUGCAAUUCUAAUUGCCUUACUUGUGAAACUUCGUCAACCCGAUGCACAUCAUGUAGUUCUAACUAAUUUAGAGAGCUUAACUUAGUCACAUUUAUUUGUGAUUGCUCGCAAGGUUAUAUAGAAAUUAAUGGAAUAUGUGAAUAAUGCCAUCACAGUUGUACAACUUGUUCUUAAACUAUAAAUAAAUGUAGUUCUUGCGUUUAAUAUCGAAAGCUUAUAAAUAAUAAUUGUAUUUGUAAUGAUGGAAUGUUUGAAUCAAAUGUGGACUAAUUAUGUAAAUUAUGCGAUAAGACUUGUUUAACUUGUACUAAUUCUAAUUAGAACUGCUUAACAUGCUCUAUUGAAAAUUUCAGACAAUUUAAGUCGGGAAACAUUUGUGAAUGCAUACAAGGAUAUUUUGAAAAUCCAAUAACUCUCAAUUGUGAAUAAUGUUCAAGUUCCUGUUUGACAUGUACUCUAUUAAGGGAUAAUUGCUAGAGUUGCAAUUCUAUUCAUAAUUUAGCUUUAGUUAAUGGCAAAUGCGUCUGUGCACAAUCAUAUUAUUUUGAUUCCUUGACCUCUUCAUGCUUAUGUAACAUUGUAACAAUAUAUCUAGAAUGCAAUAUUACCUGCCUAGAAUGUUAAUAAAGUGAUGAAUGCACUGAAUGCAGAUUGACAACAAGACAUUAUAGCGGAGAUCAAAAGAAGUGCUUAUGUAAUGAUGGAUAUUAUGAGACAAAUUAAUAACAUUGCUAAUGUAAUUGAAAAUGAAAUUGAUUUUAGCAUGUCAUUUUACUUGUAAUACUUGUGAAAAUGUGAAUACAAAUUGUUUAACAUGCUUAAGCGAGUACAAUAGAAUAUUAGCUAAUAAUAAUUGCUUGUGUUUAGAUGGAUAUUAUGAUGCAGGCAUUGAAAUGUGUUUAAAAUGUAAUACUCUUUGUAAAACCUGUUAAACAUCUGCUUUCUCUUGCUUAUCUUGUUACGAAAUUGAACAUGUGAGGUAUUAUUCAGGACAUCAAUGCAUCUGCAAAUCUGGAUAUUAUGAAUAAAAUACAGAGAUAUGUUUAAGUAAUUCAUUCACUAAUUAUGUAGAAUGCUCAAAUGAAUGCUUAACUUGUUAAGGCUCUGCUAACUAUUGUACCAGCUGUGAUACUAAUUAAAACCGAAUCGAUCAAUCUAUUAUUCAUAAAUGUCCUUGUAUUACAGGAUUUUAUGAAGAUCAGAAUUAGAAUUGUUAAAGUAAAUCAUCAAAUUAAAUAUAUAGAAUGUCAUAUCAAAUGUUAGAGUUGUGUGAAUGAAAGUGAUCAAUGUUUAAGUUGUAAAAUUUAAUUAAACUCUAAACGAUUGGCUUUAUCAUAAUAAUGUAAUUGUUAAGAAGGGUAUUUUGAUGAUGGAACAUAACUAAAAUGCUAACCAUGUAGUUUCAAAUGUAAAACUUGUUAAAUUGAAGAGAAUAAUUGUUAACUUUGUUCUCUAAUUAUACGAAUUAAUCCUCCAACAUGCAAUUGUAUGGAUGGAUAUUAUGAGGAUGAGUAAUUCAUGUGUUUAAGUAAUGUUUAUUAUUUCUAUUCCAGGUUGUGCUUCUCAAUGCAGUACAUGUAUAAUAGAAGCAGACAAUUGUUUAAGUUGCAAUCAAGGAAGAAUUGGAAAGGAUUGCAGUUGCAUCGAUGGGUAUUUUGAGAUCGGAUAACUAUUAUGUGCAUGUAUUAAUAAUUGUUAAUCAUUUUUAGAGUGCGCAUUCUAAUGUGCUACUUGUUAGUUUGAUCCUAUAAAUUGUCAGACUUGUAAAGGUGAUAGGUUUCUAGAACCUUAAUGCAUCUGUUAAUUAGGAUAUUUUGAUGACCAAAUUAAUGAAAAUUGCUAAAAAUGUGAUAUGACCUGUAGAGAAUGCAAUAUCAUUGGAUGCAUAACUUGCUCCGGCAAUAGAAUAUUAAAUGAAGAUAUGGAUUGCCUUCCUCCUCCAUCCUCAAUUUCUUAUGAUACUACUCCUUGGUGUUCAAGUAUAUUUUGUUUUAUAUAUAAAUAUAGAUUGUGAAGUUGCUGUUAUUAACUCAUACUUAUCAGAUGAUCUAUCAAAUAUUAUAAUCCAUUUUGAUUUUCCUUUAAAUCCGCAGAACUUUAUCUCAUAAUUUAAUGUUAAUAAAUGUUUGUAAAUAUUUGAAAUAGAAUUUGUGAAAAAGUUAGGUUAAAAUUCUGUUUGCUAUCUUAAUCCUGAUAAUAAUUAAGAACUAUUAAUUUAACUAGGUGAAAAUUAGUAAAUAGAAGUUGGCGAGACAAUACUAUUUAAAAGUAAUGCUUUAUCUCAUAUUCAUUGCGACACUACUUUAUAAUUAUAUAUCUUAACUUCAUUAGAAAUGCCAAUAAAUCCACUCCCUCCAUAAAUUUAAUAUAAUGUACCUUUACAUAAACUCAAUCCUCUAGCUGAUAAUUUAGUUUAAAUAAAAUCAAUCAAAAACAAUGGAAAUAGAAAAUUAAAUUCUAUAAUAUGGAGUUGUCAGGUGAAAGCUGCUGAUGAAAGCCCUACUCUUAACUAAGAUUUAGAUGUACUGAAUUUUGCUUAAGAAUAUAAUUUAUAGUUACCUAAAUUUACAUUACCAAAAGAUUCAGAAAUUACAUUUAAAAUCUAAUUUGAAAAUUUUAUCCAUAUUACUUCCUAUUCAGAAUUUACUAUAUAGACUCAUUCAGGAACUUUUCCUUAAAUUAAUGUUAAUGUAAAACCCUCAUAUUUUGUUUAUUAGACAAUAUAAAUUGAUGUUUCUGCUGAAAGCUUAGAUUCAUCAAAAGAAAAUCCAAAAUUUUAGAUUUAAAUAAAUGAAAUAGAUAAAAAUCCUUAAGAUUCAAAUCCCUCAUUAAUGAACGUAUCACUCUAGUCGAAUUCCAAAGAAAUUAUUCAUUAAACUAUUCCUAAAUACACUUUGAGCCCAAAUUCAACAUAUACAUUUUUAGUGACUGCAACUAAUUUAAUUACUAAUCAACUCCAAUCUGAAAAUUUCACUGUUAAUAUUCCAUUAGCUGGAUUUACCUGUUAAUUCAACAAUCUAGGAAUGUAAAGUAUAAGAAAAGAUCUAAAUCUUGAAAUAAAAUGCAAAGAUUUAGACACAACAUUUGAUUGGAACAAUGAUCCAAAUUUGUCCAUUUUAGUCGAUUGUAAGGAUAUAUAAAUGAACAGCACAUGCUAAACUUAUCAAAAGCAAGCCAUUAAUGUUAAUUAGACUGCCCCUAAUUAAAUCAUCAGAAAGAAUUUGAUUUCUGCCUUCACUGUUUAAGAAUGGACUGUAACAGCUACAAAAUUUUCACAAACUUAAGUGUUUUCUUAAAUUAUCAUCUACAUUGAUGAUAAUUUUCCUAAUUUAGACAUAGAAUUUAAUCAAGGUUAUUUAAUGCGAAAAAUAAAUAAUUAUGAAUUAUUGAAUUUUACUUUUAUAAUUCCAUUUGCCUAAAAACCUCAUCUGUUAGAUCUAGAAAUUGCAAUUAUUUAUAAUUAUGAAAUAAUAGAAAUACUGCAACCAAAGUACAUUUCUCAUUAAUUUAAAGUAUUUAAUAGCAUUAAGGAGCUUUAAUUUGGUGAUUAAAUCAAUAUUAAAUUUUCAGCUUAGUAUACAGAUAAUAUUAUGCCAAGUCUUAACAAUAUUAAACUAUUUCUAAACUAGCCUCCUUAAUGCUCUAAAUUAUUGAUUACAAAUUCUAAUAAUUAAGCUCUAAGUGAUAUGGUAGUAAUAAGUUCUUGCGAUCAAUCAGAUGAUGCUCCUUAUAAAUAUCAACUGAAGUUAUUUUUGAGAGACUCAGAUUUAACAUUAUUCUUAGAAGGAUAAUCUGAUAACUCUUUAGUUCUUUAUCCAUUUUAAACUUUAAAUUAAUUUUAACUUUAAACACCUUCAUCUAUAGACUUUUCAAAAAUUGGAAUUUUAGUAUAAGUUCUUGACAAUGGAGGAUCAAUGACCCAAAUUUUUGAAUAAAUUGCUGUAAAUCCUGCAAAAAUCAAUUGUACUUCAAUUUAAUUUAAGAAUAUGAAUUUAUAGCAGAAGAUAUCAUUACUUUUUGAAGCCAUGAAUUAAAACUGUACAGAGCUUCAUUCUUAAAUUUAUCUUAAUUUGCAAUAAUAACCAAUUUCAGAUGAUUAGAAUGAGAAUAUUCUAAAAUUUUAGACUUUAAAAUUAUAUAAGCAGUCAUUAACUUCGUCUAAAACAUCUAUAACAUCAAAUACUUCAACAAAUGAAAGAUGCAUUGAUAUAAACUCAACUCAUUUAUUUGCUAUUUAAAAUUCAAAUGAGCAGGAAGUUAAUUUAACAUCCAAAAUUGAGGGCUUAAAAGAAAAUAUUCAAAAUUUUAACAAAAAUCUAAAAUACCUUAGGGGAGCAAAAUAAUAAUUUUAAGAUUUGCUUGAACUAAAUAAAUACACAUGGAAUGAAUAGGUCUUUCAACAGUAUUAAAACUCAGUAGAUUGUUUAAGAGGCUUAAUAUACUAUAUAGAUGACAUUUAUUCAAAUUUUUCACUAAUAAACACAAAAAAUGAAAUUCUUUAUUAAGCUAUUGCCGAAUUGUUACAUUUCAUUCCAUUAAUUGCUAAGGAUACAUAAAAUGGAAUAAUGGUCAACAAAGAUCCUGUCGCAAUAAAUGGAAAUGAGAUUACCUUUUAAAUUAAAAGGAGAUCAAAAUCCUCAUUCAAUAAAUAAUUCAAUCUUGAGCCGAGCAUUGAAGAUUUUCUUUUAGAUUAUGUCUAAUUUGAAUCACUUUAAUUAUAAACAAAUCCAUUAAGAUUUAGUCCAGACCUAUAAGAGCUACUCAAAAUACAAUUUAAUGAUUCAAAAUUAGAAAUAUACUCUUAGAAUUACUACCUAACAUAAUUAUAAAAUGUCUAUAAUAGUAAAUUUACACCUUAUGAAAAUUUUUCAUCUAAAUACGCAACCAAAUUUUUAUCCUAUUAAAUAUGCUUGAAUACUACAUAAUUUAUAGUCGAAUCUGAAAUAUAAUGUGCACUGAGAACUACCGCUGGACUAUUUUAUCAAUGCCAUCUAUCUAGAAUACAAAAUAAUGAUUCUAUACAGCUAACCUGUGAAUGUAAUAAGUUUGGCGAGAUUUUCCUUUUAGCCUCUACAAAUUUUGUUAUUGCAAAUGAAAGUGUAAAUAUUUAACCACAAAACGGCUCUCCAACCGCUCCCACUUCCGAAAAUAUUUUAGGGUUAUAAAUUUGUAUGGGGUCUUUAUCAUUAAUAUCUAUGUCCAUAUAUGCAGUUUAAAAAUAUAAAGAUUACAAAGAAGAGUAAAAAGUGUAGGAUUCUAAAAAAAUUAUUUCUAAUCCCUAGAUAGAUUUCAAUUUAAACACAUUGACUUAUUAAGGAAAUUUUAAAGUAUUUAAGGAUAAAUUUAAGGUAAAAUUACAUUAUUAUAUUAGCAAAUUCAUUAAACAAUUUCACUAUUUUGUUAUAAAGACUAAAAUAUUUAACUCAGUUAUCGAAUUUUAGAUGUCUUCUCUUAAUUAAAUUUAUUAUUAACUUUAGCAAUCCUUGAAUUUACAAUGUUAGAUAUUUAAAUAACUUUCUUCUGUAUAUUUAUUACACUAAAUCCAAUUCUCGUUUUAAUAAUGAGAAUGAUUUAUAAGAUAAUUGAAGCUAUAUAUAGAUUCUAAAGGAUAGCUGCUUUCAUUAGCCAGUUUCUUCUUAUAGCGUUAUUGAUGACACCUAAUCUAAUCACAUAAGUCCUUACAAUAAUGAAGUAUGUAAUAUAAAAUAUUAGAAUACCAUUCUUACUUGAAUAAUAUAAAAUUGCAAUAAUCUUUGUAGGCAACCUCAUCGUGUCAUAAGUAUUUUUAGAACCGCUAGUAAUUUUUGGAAGAAUUUUCAUAUAUAGAUUAAUAGCAGGAAGUUUGAAAAAAAUGGAACUCAACCCUAUGUUUCACUUAAUGCACUUUUUUGUGAUGCAUAGCAGUUUGGAGGAAUUGUUUGAAGAUUUCACAAGGAUUUGA